GGUAGGGGUGGUUCGUCCGGUUCGAAAUUUCGUAUCUCCCUUGCUCUGCCAGUUGGUGCAGUAAUGAACUGCGCGGACAACACUGGAGCCAAAAAUUUGUAUGUCAUUUCCGUCAAAGGAAUCAAAGGUAGAUUGAAUCGUAUGCCAUCAGCAGGUAUCGGCGAUCUUGUAUUAGCAACAGUCAAAAAGGGAAAGCCUGAAUUACGUAAAAAAGUAAUGCCAGCGGUGGUUGUGCGGCAGCGGAAACCGUAUAGAAGAAAGGAUGGAGUUUUCAUAUACUUCGAAGAUAACGCAGGAGUGAUAGUAAAUAAUAAAGGUGAAAUGAAAGGUUCAGCCAUCACUGGCCCAGUUGCUAAAGAAUGUGCUGAUCUAUGGCCAAGAAUUGCUUCCAACUCAGGCAGUAUUGCUUAA